AUGUCUGCUUUAACGAAUGGAAAAGUUCUGGUCGCUGGCGGUGACACAAGCUUUGUUGAAAUAUAUGACCCCACAUUAGGUAUUUGGACUACUAUUGAACGCAUGCAUACGACACGACUUGGACACACAGCAUCGACAUUAGCAGAUGGAAAAUUGUUAGUUGCUGGUGGAGAAACGGAUAGUGCUGAGAUAUACGAUCCAUUAACAGGAAAUUGGACAGUCACUGAUAGGAUGCAUAGACAACGAUAUCAGCACAUAGCUGCCGUAUUAACUAAUGGAAAGGUGUUAGUUGCUGGUGGUUCCGAAGUUGACUACGAAGGCAUUACGAAUAGCUGUGAGUUGUAUGACUCAUCAGCAAAAAUGUGGACAACUACUAGAGAAAUGAGUCAUCGACGAAUGCAACAUACAGCAUUGGUAUUAGCAAACGGAAAAGUGCUUGUAACUGGUGGGUAUGAUGAUACACGAAAGUAUCUCAAAAGCGCUGAAUUGUACGAUCCUUUAACAGAAACCUGGACAACUACUGGCAACAUGAGUUUUCCACGAGCUGAGCACACAGCAUCUCUAUUAAGAAAUGGAAAAGUGUUAGUUUCUGGUGGAUUGGCUAAGAAUUUAAUACGGUAUAGCACGGAAUUGUAUGACGUAGCAACAGGAAUUUGGACAGUCGGUAAUAAUAUGAACCAUGUUCGAACUUUCCAUACAGCAACCGAGUUAGAAAAUGGAGAUGUGUUAGUUGCUGGCGGGUCUGAGGGUGAUAAAAGUGCUGAACUGUAUGUUUCACCGAAAAAAACUUUAGCAACUAUCAAUAAAAUAAAUAAUCUAUCAAAUGGUUACAAAGCACCAGUGACAAAAAAGGUGUUAAAUAAGGAUGGGCACAAUAAUACUAUUGGGAGCAACAAAUAUUCAUAA